CCAAAAUAUAUAUCGCGUUUCGAUUUUUAAAAGCCUUUAUUUAUCGACUGCUCGCAAGUAAAAGAAUAAACAAAACCGUACUUGAUAUUAUUAAAAGUUAAUGAUUUACAAAAGUCGCAAUGCAUAACAGUGAUUAUGUAAUAUUGAGGAAUGCAGAAUCCAUGCAAUGUAGUUCAUAGUUUUGCGUGGCAAUAAAUAAAAUAGUAUAUACCGAAACUGUGAUAAACCCGCACACACGAGCAGAACGUCGCUGACCACACACACACUUGCACUUACACAAUGGUGGGUGAGGGCCAAGCAAACAGCGAACACGACGUUAUCAACAUAAAUAGCAAUGGAAAAGGCCAGCAGACGGCUGUAUCCGUUUCACCAUCAACGUCACAGCGAAAACUCUCAUCCCCUUCGAAGUCGACAACACCAGAACUGCGCAUUCUCUGCUUUGACCUGACUCACUACAAUCGAACAACUCAAUUUCUAUUGAGUUGUGCCGGCGUUUUCAUACUCUAUAUUAUCUACGGAUAUCUGCAGGAGCUGAUAUUUACAGUAGAGGGCUUCAAACCAUAUGGAUGGUUUCUCACCUUGGUGCAGUUUGCCUACUACAUAGGCUUCGGCCUAGUCGAGCGCCGCUUGGAGGCCUAUCGAACGAAUGGCGGCAGAAUUUGGAGUGUUCAGCCAGCGCCACGUUGCAUACCCUUACAGACUUAUUUUGUACUCGCCGCACUUACGCUCGGCACCAUGGGUCUAUCGAACUCGAGUCUCGGCUAUCUCAACUAUCCCACUCAAGUAAUCUUUAAGUGCUGCAAGCUAAUCCCCGUGCUAGUUGGCAGCAUCAUUAUACAGGGCAAACGUUAUGGUCCUCUGGACUUUGCUGCUGCGACAGCCAUGUGCAUUGGCUUGGCCUGGUUUACGCUGGCCGAUUCGCAGCUGACGCCCAAUUUCAAUCCUCUUGGCGUUGCCAUGAUAUCCGGCGCACUGUUGUGUGAUGCAGCCAUUGGCAAUGUCCAGGAGAAGGCGAUGCGGGAGCAUAAAGCAUCCAGCAGCGAAGUGGUUUUCUACUCCUACGGACUGGGCUUUGUUUAUCUGUUUGUGAUCAUGUUGCUGACCGGCAACUUCUUUAGUGGCUUCGCCUUUUGCUUGGCCCAUCCCCUAGAAACCUUUGGCUAUGGCUUUCUAUUUAGUCUCUCCGGCUAUCUGGGCAUACAAUUUGUGUUGGCUUUGGUUAGGAGCAGUGGAGCUCCGAUUGCCGCCACGGUGACUACUGCACGCAAGGCAGUGACCAUAGCAUUCUCGUUCCUGCUGUUCAGCAAACCCUUCACAGUGCAAUAUAUCUGGUCUGGACUAAUUGUUGUCCUGGGCAUUUAUCUGAAUGUCUAUAGCAAGAAAAAUAAAUUGACUUUCUCGGACCUGGAGCACAGGAUUAAGCAAUGCAGUGCGAGACUAUCUCGUUCGUCAAGUCGCAAAUUCCUUAUUGAAGUCUAAUAACCGAGUUUACCAAAAAAGAAAUUCA